AGAAAGAAAGCGGACUAAGCCGUGGAAUGAACCGUGCGCUAGUUAUUACUGACCAAUCAUUUCUCUCAUUUCUCAUCAGAUUUGCAUAACCCACCCAAGGUUCCCUCUUACAAGCUCUUGACGUCAUAAUAUUAAGUAAAUUCCUUGGUCUCCGGCCAUUGAGAGCAGCGCCAUGUUCCAUGACUACGAGACAAUUACCUCAAAGCUCUUUGGGAUAAGUUCAAUUGAACUAAUAAGCUUACCCCGACUCGAAUACAUUGUUUAUAUGCAAUUUUUCUAAGCUUCAAGCUACCCACUGUCUACAACAUACUACCUACAUACUCACUUAUACAACUACAACUACAGCUACGACUACUGCCGUUUACCUAGAGAUCUUAUAUACCAUCUCGAGAACUAUAUCAAACACACAUAAACAUAAUGGCCUCCAGAAUGCUAUUCAGAUCAGCUGCUACCAUUGCUACAGGCAGACAAGCAGCGGCACAACGGACCUUCACCACCAGCUCCGCAAACCUAUCCUACAAGGAGAGCAACCACGGAUCCGAAACACACGACCCGGAGAAGCACAAGCAGGACCUGCUAGCGAAGCACAAGGAAGGCAAGGGCCACUGGAAGCCCGAGCUGGCAUCCGAUAGCGAGGAAGCCAUCAAGGCAGACCGGCACGGCGGCGACGGCAAGGAGGACAUCGCGGCUCUGCAGGAGCGCACCAAGCGGGCUGCCGAAGAGACCAGCAAAGCCGGCACUAGCAUGCGUGAUGGGUUGUAAGGUCAGGACGUUUUAUUAGUUAUUAUUAUUAUUAUUAUUAUAAGCAACUAUACAGACGUUGGGCUGACUGGCUAUUUCAGAGUCGACUUGAUGGACAGGGAUGGAUCAAGAUGAAAAUGAUGGGCGUUGUUCGGACGUUAUGGUAGGCGGUUUCGUUGCGGGUUUACUCAAUAUGUAUUGUACGAGUAGGAAAUGACAAUGGACUCGGGAUCUAAUGGCUAACUGGAGUAUCUAUCUACAUCUACAUGCUCGACUAUCGUUCCUCGCUAACGUGUAGUCUAUAAAUCUUCUUCUACGGCUGAGAUAUAUUCAUGGCUCAAUUAUUAUAACUAGGUACCUAUGUAUGCAUUAUUCUUCCAGUAAGUGAACUUGGACCGUUUAUGGUUCGCAAGUCGAUUUAUAUCAAAUACCCAACGAGAGAAUAUACGAUGUGUAAGUCCGUGGCGCCCGUCCACGUAUGAGUGUAUAAUAUAAACAAUGAUAUAUAUAUAAUCAAUGUAAGUCUCCCUGUUAAACGCCAUGCCGACGCCAUGCAAAAUGCAACGAGGACUCGAGUAUAUCAGUCCAAUCCAGCCCUGUCCUGCGCAAUUACCACAUCCCGCCUCUUUUCUAAUCCCCCCUUAGGUGCCUAGCCAGCCCCCC